AUGAGUCUGCAAAACAGUUUGACGCAACUGCGUCGCAUGAACUCGUCGUUCAACUUGGACAACAGUGCUCUACAAGAAGACUCCAAAUUCUCGACGAAACUCAAAGGCCGUUCGGUGCGUUCCAUUCGUCGCAUUCGUCAAGAACAACAAGAUCAAGAUUUAUUGCACAGAACACUCCAAGAUGCCUGUCAAUUCGCCUACGGAACCCAAAUGGUCGAAGUAUGGGUCUGGAAUCCCAUGACAUCCAAACUCACACGCCCCGAAGGAGGAUGGUGGAUUGAUCCCUAUUGGCAAUUCGAUACGGCCGUCUUUUGUCAAUUUGUCGAUGCCAAAAGUCACGAUUAUAUUGCGCCGCCGGCAUUGAGUCCAGGUGUCGGUGUGCCGGGAGUGCUGUGGAGUGAUUUACGAACCACCGGACGGGAUCAUCAUCAUGGAGGAGGAGGAGGUCAUGGGACACGGCGCAGUCGAAAAAGCGGUGGUGGGGGAAAUAGUUCGGCGCUCUUGGACAGUACCUUUUUGGCACAAAUCUUUAGCGACGACAACAAUCAUAAUGGCAAUAACCAGUAUUUGGGUGGACAGCGUAUUGCAUGGAGGGACCUCAAGGCACUUGCCAAUGAUCCAGACCAGCCGCCCAAUCGACGCUUGCAAGUACUGGCAUCGUCCACGGAUCUCAAAUGGACCGGUGGAGUCCCCUUUAGUAUUCAAGGACAAGAAGGCAUUGUCGUAUAUUAUGCACGAGAGGGAACCAACGUGCCCAAACUACAAGAUCCUACCAAUACCACCUAUCUCACGGCAGCAUCGGACUUUGUCGGAUCGUGUCUCGCACUGAGAAUACCCAGAAGAAACGCCAUUGCGAGACGACAAUGCCAAGUCGAUCGAAACUUUCGCAAGGUCAAGCGGGCAAUCCUCUUUCUCAUUCGAAAUGGAGCCGAUUUCGAAUCCAUUUCCAAGGGAAAAUACGAUUGGGACAAUCAACAACAGCACCACCAUCAAUUCAACAACAACACCACCACCGAGCUGGAUCCAAAUGAUCAAAUCCAAGAAGUCACCACGACUACCAAAACGAGCUGGACCCAACAAGCCGUCACGUUCCUGACACGAAAAAGUAAACAAUCCAUUUCCAAAUUCAAGGGGGCGGCCACUCAAGCACCACCCACCUUUACCUGGGAAAUGUCAGGAUUCACGUCCAUGGGAGUCCUACUUUCCAUGGUCGCAGUGUCCAUUGUCAAUGAACUAUUUCUUAACAAGGUGGGGACACACUACCAAAUUCCAAUGGGAUCCAUGGCGGCCCUCCUCGCUUUGCAGUUUGGGUUGACGGCGGCACCGGCGGCACAACCCCGCAUGGUCUUACAGGGACAGGUCGUAUCCAUGCUGAUGGCGUUGCUAUGCGCACAACUCAAGUUGGCUCCAUGGUUCCAACAAUCCUUGGCAUGUGCUCUGGCCAUUGGAGCCAUGGCCAAGGUGGGAGUCGUCAAUCCACCGGCGGCGGCCAAUGCCUACAUCUUUGCCAGUGGCACGUGGGGUUUUGGAAACAUGCUGUCCACUCUGAUUGCCAACCUGAUCGCCAUUUUGUGCUCGGUAUUCAUCAAUAACUUGUCGGACAAUCGACAAUACCCCACUUCAUGGGGCAUUCCACAACUAUUCCUCAGUCGAGACAUGGUGGAAAAUCAAAUGGAACAGGAUCGGGAGGAUACCGUCACCAUUUUGUUGCGGCGGGCACGAUCGUUGCGGAAAAUGAAGAGCUUUGGUCGAGCAUCUUCCUUUUCAGGGAGUGGUGCGGGUGACACCAACAAAUCAACAUCAGACGACAAUAUUAAUUUGGAGGAGGAGAUUAUUGUGUUUGACACCACUGUGAAUACUACGUUCAGCAAACAACCAGAAGAACUGAUGAUACAAUCUUCAUUGUCCGAGGAAACACCACCUCCAGGCGACAAGCAGCAGGAUCCUCCCGACUUUGAGAACAGCAUUAAUAUCACUACAGCAGCAAUGUCGGAUGAUGAUAUGGAUGAAGAAAUGGGCGGGGCAAAACCAUCGGUACGGUUUGCGGAAGACUCUGCCAACACCAUCAUUUCGAUGGACGGGACAACGGGAAACGACUCAGCAGGCAGCAGCAGCAAACCUCAGGGACGACAUCGCAGAUCCCCUGCGGCAGCUUCCAACAUGUUCAUUUAG